AGUUUGUUAUAAAGUGGGGAAAUAUCUAGAAUGUGUGCACGUAUGCGCUACAUAAAAGGCCGACGCCAUUUUGGUGUUUUCUAUGGGACCUAAGGAUCGUUACUGAUUGAAGGUGGUAAUAAAGAUUGAAAUAUGGGAGAGCGCUACGAAGAUUUUCACGAGAUCCCGCAACCAGACUAUUGGUCGCCGCGACAUUCGGAUAGCAGCCCCAAGUAUCCGCCCCCAGGUCAGCGUCAAGGUCAACCUCAAGGUCAGCCUCAAGGUCAGCCUCAAGGUCAAAUGUAUUACCAAGGUCAAGCACAAUAUGCCUACCAACAAGCACCUAUUGUAAUGCAACAACCGCAGCCUAUGACAACAGUGGUCAUCCAGCAAGGUGGUCAACAAGUGGCCCAGACUAAAAGGGAGUGGUCGUCUGGACUGUGCGGUUGCUGCGAGGACAUGGGAGUGUGUUGCUCGGUGUUCUGGGUAGUUGUUGUUUGCCAAGAGGAAGCUUGCUACUUGGCCCAUAUGUCAAAUAAAAUGGGCGAAGGUUACUGUGCCGGAUUAUGCGUCCCUGGUGCCCUGCUGGUCAUGCGGACACUUAUGCGAGAGAGAUACGGAAUUCAGGGGAGUAUUUGCAAUGAUUGCAUGGUGACCACGUUCUGCGUCCCCUGUGUAAUAUGUCAGUUGAAGAGAGAGAUGAAUGUUGUGGGUCUCUAAGCAGGACCAGAACAUCUCAUCACCACAAGGAUGGGUCUCGACAUGGAUGUUGUGGAAAAAAUUUCAGUUGAAACAUCUGAUUUUUGAACAAUUGUAAUCAAGUAUUAAAAGCUUACUUAUGGCUCUCACGCGUAUUACACACUAUUAAUUUGUUUAUUUCCGUUUGUUGUCGUAGUUCUACGUUUGAUUGUGUGUUCCGUACAUGUCUUGAUACUAUUAUUUUUUAUAUAUCUAAUAAAACUAUAAAGAGUCAGCUAUAAAAUGUAUAUAUAAGAGGUCUAGAAAAACGGUGUUUUAGAUAAGUGAAUGAGGUUUCUGUAUUACAAUAACCUCUCCUCUUUGUAUACAGAUUACAAGUCACUUUCAGUGCUCUUAAAAGAUACCAGUUUAUCAUUUGUGUUGCAUUUGUCUUCGUAACAUGGACGUUCUUUAAUUAUAUUGUAGAUGAAUUGUUUCCCAAGUCGAAUGUUAAUCAAGAAGUCGUCUUAUUUCAUGUCACUUUAAAUGGUUGAUGCUUUGAUUCCUUAUAUCUUUGCCAGACCUCCGAAUAAGCCUAAACUCACUAAACUCUUAUAUCCAUACACGGAAAAUAAAUUAGCAAUACUUGAAAAAUGUGA